UUGAAACACUUCCUGUAGCCAGAGACCCCAAACUCCUGACAGGAGCAUUAUUUCAUUUGGAAUUUCAGCAUUAAAGAGGAUCACUUCUCAAAAAUUAGGAAAACCUAUAGAGAUGGGCAGCAGUGAACCCCUUCCCAUCACAGAUGGUGACAAGAAGAAGAGGAAGAAGCGGAAGGCCCGGGCCACAGACUCCUUGCCAGGAAAGUUUGAAGAUUUGUACAAGCUGACCUCUGAAUUGCUUGGAGAGGGAGCCUAUGCCAAAGUUCAAGGUGCCGUGAGCCUGCAGAAUGGCAAAGAGUAUGCUGUCAAAAUCAUCGAAAAACAAGCAGGGCACAGUCGGAGUAGGGUGUUUCGAGAGGUGGAGACGCUCUAUCAGUGUCAAGGAAACAAGAACAUUUUGGAGCUGAUUGAGUUCUUUGAAGAUGACACAAGGUUUUACCUGGUCUUUGAGAAAUUGCAAGGAGGCUCCAUCCUCGCCCACAUCCAGAAGCGGAAACACUUCAAUGAGCGAGAAGCCAGCCGAGUGGUGCGGGAUGUUGCUGCUGCCCUUGACUUCCUGCAUACCAAAGGCAUUGCUCAUCGUGAUCUCAAGCCGGAAAAUAUAUUGUGUGAAUCUCCAGAAAAGGUGUCUCCAGUGAAAAUCUGUGACUUUGACUUGGGCAGUGGGGUGAAACUGAACAACUCCUGCACACCCAUAACCACCCCAGAGCUGACCACUCCAUGUGGUUCUGCAGAAUACAUGGCCCCCGAGGUGGUGGAGGUCUUCACGGAUGAAGCUACUUUCUAUGACAAGCGCUGUGACCUGUGGAGCCUGGGCGUGGUCCUCUACAUCAUGCUGAGUGGCUACCCGCCCUUCGUAGGUCACUGCGGGGCUGACUGUGGCUGGGACCGGGGAGAGGUCUGCAGGGUGUGUCAGAACAAGCUGUUUGAGAGCAUCCAGGAAGGCAAGUAUGAGUUUCCUGACAAGGACUGGGCACACAUUUCCAGUGAGGCCAAAGACCUCAUCUCCAAGCUCCUGGUUCGAGAUGCGAAGCAAAGACUCAGCGCCGCCCAAGUUCUGCAGCACCCGUGGGUGCAGGGGCAAGCUCCAGAAAGGGGACUCCCCACGCCGCAAGUCCUCCAGAGGAACAGUAGCACGAUGGACUUGACUCUGUUCGCAGCCGAGGCCAUCGCCCUCAACCGCCAGCUGUCUCAGCACGAGGAGAACGAACUGGCAGAGGAGCCGCAGGCACUGACUGAGGCCCUCUGCUCUGUGAAGCUUUCCCCUCCAUCCAAGUCACGCCUGGCCCGCCGGCGUGCCCUGGCCCAUGCAGGCCGCAGUGGAGAGAUGGGACCGUGCCAAAGACCCACAGCACUCUGAAUUGCUCCAGCCGCACCUUGUAGGCCUAGGCCUGUCCAGGCAUUGCCCCCUGGAAAUGUGUGAGGCCAAAGUCUGCAGAGCAGGCAGAGGGGCCUGCUCAAUGGCUCUAUUCAGGCUUUUUCAUCUACGAAGGACCUGAGAUUCCCACCCAAUCCGACAUUUCACUAGGGUCCUCCUGGAAAAAGCUGUUUCCAAAGGGGUUGUCUUUGAAAGGAAAGCAAUCACUUGUCACUUUGCAUAAUCGCCUGCGGUGGAGACAUCUCUUUGCUGGGCUCCACCUGCUCGCCUGCCUGCCUGUGGAUCCCAGAUCCAGCCUGCUGUCCCCACAACUGCUGACUGCUGAGGCUGCAACCUUCAGGGAGCCAGCUUUGAGAAGCAUCAGUUGACAGAGGCUGACAUCAUGUGCCUCUUCUCUCUCUGCACUGUCACCCUGCUCUGACGGUCCUUCCACCUUUCUCUGUCCUCUAGAUGUCCUCUUUGCCUGUCCUCUCCCUUGGCUGAGCAAAGCCAUCCCCUCAAUUUGGGGAAGGGCAGGGAGCCUUCCUCAUUUGGGAAGCCAGAUCAGUCUUCCAGUCUGUAGCACAGAGAAGCACAUAAUCUUUCUUUGCCAUGACCGAAAUGUGUCCCUCAUUUAUCAACCUCUUCUUUGUGAUUGCUACUAAAGUCAGUAUUAUUUUUUUUUAAUGUUUGGGUUUUUUUAACCAUGCCUUUCCAGCAAAGAUGGGACUUUAAACUCCCACUGCAAGCCCAUGGGCUUUCCAGAGCAUGUAACCGAAUAUCUCACUCUUCUUUCUGGAAUGUUCAUGCACUUGGGUUUUAAUCAGCUGUUCCUUAUUAUUCUAACUGGUUUUAAGCUA